GGCAAUUUUUAACGGCUUGGCGAAUUCGGAAGCCGGUAAAAGUAAAUUGGUUUUUAAAGUUUAUUUACUGUACGGUGAUGUUUAAUUAGAACGGAUAUUCGCAUCAAGACCUGUGCGUCCUGACUCCAAAGUGCAGUUUGUAUACACACCCCUACACAAUUUCCGUUAUUUAGUUUUUUUCGUCCUGGCAAUGUGUAGGCGUGCCGCUACUGCCGGAAUGUGUACCUAUGGUGUACAUAUAUAUGUACAUACAUACAUAAUUUUUCAUCAGAUGCAUCAUAUUAGUUUGCGGCUCGAGCAAGCGUGAUGUGAUUCUCUGCAUUAACGACAAAUAUAGAUAUUAAUGGCAUUUAAAUCCAACUAUCUGUUUUAUAAGUGAUUGAACAGCUAACAAAAAAUUUGUAUGGGUGUAACUCGUUUCACAUAGAUACAAAUGUAUCUCAACCCAGCCUCUAUAUUAUGAUGUUGUGCGGGGGUGGACCGUGGGUGGGGGUUGUUCGUUGGGUUUUGGGAGAGAAGUAAAGAGUGAGAGAGCGAUAGACGGAGAGAGAGAGAGAGAGAGAGAGUGAGACAGAAGUGGAAGUUACAAGGGGUGAGUGACACAAGUUAGUAGUAAGUUAGGGGUUGCUACGAGGAGAGAAAUCCAGGCGCAGGCGAGACGCGGCUAGGUCCGACCAGGAAGACGGAAAAUAAUAUAUUAGAAACAAAUAUUCAUUUGAUUUCCAAGAAAUUGUGUUAACAAAAAGGCAACAAUUAAUGGCAUUGGCAUUGGGUUUUUUAUAUUUUUGUAGCCCCUUAAUAAGUCAUUCACACACGAAGGAGCAAUAUCAGGAACGCCAACAAUGUGGUGAGAAGAGACAUUACCACACGAAGAGAGCAUAGAAAUCCUGGAAACAUUUCAUCGAGAAUAUGUUUUUUGGUAAUCGUGGCCACACGAUUAUUGCAUGGUAAUACAUAUUCGUAAAUGGAGGAGUGGCACCCAAAGAGUGAUAUCAAAAGUUUUAGUUUUGCAUUAAAAAUAUAAUGACAUGUCUGGAUCACACAUAAUAAGCACGGAGUCCAAAGGAGUCAGUGGGGUGAGUUCAGCUUCUGGUUCAAGCUCUGGAUCAGCUGCAAUUGCUAUAUCAUCUUCGCUGGCAUCAUCAUCGUCAUCGAGUACAAGUUCCUCCUCGUGUGAAAGUGGUAUUGUAAUUGGGGAUAGCUUUGGUCUCUCGCUUUCUCAUGCAGAGCUAGUUGGCAAGUCAAAAGUCUCGAAUCAUAUUGAUAUUGUUGGUGAUAGUAGUCCUGCAAUAAAAAGCGAUACCUCGAACUCCAUGUUGUCCACACAAAUUACUCCAAAGUUGCUGAACGAAAUGAAUAUGGCGGAGUCUAUUCAUAAUUUGAAUCAUCAUCAUCAAAUGCUUGAGCCCACUAAAGUGAUUACAUCGUUACCACUGUCUGAAGAUCCCAGGACUUUACAGUUGGCCCUGGAACUAUCAUUGGUUGGUCUUAAUGAGAAUCGCAAUUGCUAUAUUCAGCCAUCUUUGCCCAUGACCAUGGCGGCAGCGUCAACUGAUUUUGAGCUUGGCUCGAUGAAUGUUAAUCAACUCCCUUAUGCGAGAGGAGAAACCAACAACCUACCAUUGCCUUCGGGGUCUGGAUCUGGACUUUUAAUACCCACCGCUGGAUUGGAGGACAGGUCAAAGAAGUCUCAAAAUAUGACCGAAUGUGUUCCAGUGCCGAGUUCUGAGCAUGUGGCCGAAAUAGUGGGCAGACAAGGAUGUAAGAUUAAAGCGCUCAGAGCCAAAACAAAUACCUACAUCAAGACGCCAGUUCGCGGCGAAGAGCCGGUUUUUGUUGUGACAGGACGAAAGGAAGAUGUGAACAAAGCUAAACGAGAAAUACUUUCAGCAGCGGAUCACUUCAGUUUGAUACGAGCCUCGCGUAAGCCAUCGAUUGAUGGUCAUAACUCAGGACUAACAGGAAGCGGAAACGGUAUGGGUACACCGAAUAGCGGGGCCGGCGGCAGCGGCGGCGGUGGGAUGGUAUCUCGUUUGCAAUCCGGACCCCCCUGCUUACCUGGCCAGAUCACCAUACAGGUACGUGUACCUUAUCGGGUUGUAGGUUUAGUUGUUGGUCCAAAGGGGGCGACAAUCAAACACAUCCAACAAGAAACUCAAACAUACAUAGUCACACCGUCACGCGAAAAGGAGCCGAUUUUCGAGGUAACCGGCUUGCCGGAGAACGUUGAAAAGGCACGCAAACAGAUCGAGGCACAUAUUGCAUUACGAACUGGAAAUGGCAGUGGUAGCGGAUCAUCGGGAGGAGAUAAAGGCCAUGGUAGCGAGAACGGCAACGACUCGCUUGAAUCGAAUGAGUUCUCCUCACUCCACACAAUCAAUUCGUUAACUCAGAUCCUGAACGAUGAUCUAAAUCCAGACAUACUAUCAUCCAUCUAUAAAAAUGGUAUAUCACCGUCUGUGGACUAUUCAGAUAAUACACUUAAGGUUUACGGUAAUAGCAUGGGCGGUAAUGGUAUGGUCAACUGCAUAGAUACCGACGAUUUAGGCAGCAUUAACAGUACGACCUGCGCAAAUGUGACGAUGAAGUCUAUACCAGGACACCUUAUAACCAAUUGCUUUCCAAAUUCUGAUUUGUCCGACAUGAAUAUGGUUCCGAUGCUGACAGCAAAACCGGGAUCGGUCGCUGGCAGUGAAAUUCAUAUGCAGUCGGCCAAACCUAAUCAUUUAUAUCGCAACACAACCACCAUUUCCGCAAACAAAUCUUUGUCGUUUUGCCCACCCACAUCUGCAUGUGCAUCUGCAUCGGCAUCCGCAUCAGCAUCCGCAUCUGGAGCGAACAUCUUGACGCGCUCAUGCUCAUCAGCCUCCUCAACAGCAUCGACGAAGAGCACGAACAAUAGCGCCAAUAGUACUAAUAGCGUCAAUACUCCCCCAGAGCUGUUGAAUUUAUGGAAGAAUUUAAGUGACUCGAUUGACAUCGACGAAGGAAUUGGCGACUCCCCCAGCAUUUGGAACUUGCCACCUACUACGGCAGCCACCGCUCACUCGCAUUGCUCACCGACGGCUUCAGUAAGUCCGACGGACUCACUGCUAGGACUGGGCGAACAUGCAGCCAGCACUAGCCAGAGUCAACGCAUCGCUCAACAAGCAAUGGAGUCCGGAGCACAGCGUUCCGUGUCUAAUAUAAUCACAGCAAACCAGUUACAGCCCAACAGUGCAGCUGAUAAAUUGAUAGGGAUGCACCGUGAAUGCUUCGUGUGCAACGAGCGCGAAGUCACUACAGCGCUCGUUCCCUGUGGCCACAAUAUGUUCUGCAUGGAAUGUGCCAACCAGAUCUGUGUAUCCGUGGAAGCCAUGUGUCCAGUUUGUCAUUCCAUCGUCUACCAUGCGAUGCGUAUUUUGGGUUAAGCCUAUCUAGAAUUAUUGUAUCGCAAUCGCCACCUGCCUCCUCCCUCUAUUUACUGGCCCUAGUUGCGAAUGGAUUCAGAGGUCAGGCAUAGCUAUUUUGACAAUCGAAAUCCGAAAAUCACGGAUAGUUUCCAUACUCCCAUUGCUAGGAUUGGGCGAGCAUAACUUCGAUUGAUCGAGUUUAUAUAGCUCUUUUAAUUUAUCCAUUUUUCGGGUAUGUGUGGUAAUUUUAGGAUACUAACAGAUAUGAUAUAGAGAGUCAAAUUUGAAUACAAGUAGUGUAAAACUCGGGUAUUUCUUAAAUACGCAAUGGUUUCCCUUCUUUCAUUUCUGGCAAUACUUACAGACAGUCAGAUUCAAAUUUAACCUAAGCCAUAGAAUCGGGGCAAAUUUGAUAAACGAUAUCACGUCUACGCAGCCAUAUAAUGUGAAUUCGAAUAUUCCUUUGUUAUAUAGGGAUAUAUACAUAUAUGUACACAAACACACACACACACACAAAUAAAAUAAAACUCAGAAAUUAUUUCCAUAAUAAUUAUGGCUAACGCACACAUAGGAAAAAUCAGAGUCGAAGUCUUCUAUGUAACGAAUUUUAACAAUUAGCUGUACUUUUGGAUGUUGACGAUAUUCUAGUAAAAUUACAAAAUGAUGUAUUUGUAUGUAGGAGACAGACAGGUAGCUCUGCAAAGAGAUUGAGAUCAAUACAUUAAAAUACAAAUUGAACAAAAAAAAAAAAAACAUUACAACAAAAUAAUUCCAAAGUUUUGCGGUGGUUCUAACAAAUGUAUAUUUUUAGACCACUCUCAGAAAUAAAAUAAGUUGACUGAUAAAUAAGCAGUAAUAUUAAGCCAGAGCCAAACACAGGCACUUAUGCAAUUGCAAAACACACAUAUAUUACAAGUACUAUAUGUCAAAUACAGAUAUCAUAACUAUAUUAUUUAUCUCAAUAUAAAACAUGAGCCAACAUGUGACAACUACUUAUAUACCUAUAUACAGUGUUGAGGAUCAAGACACUUGGACGCAGGGUAUUUCACCCGAGGCACAUACAUAAGUAUGUUUGCAUGUAUCUGCAUACUUUACGAGACAUAGAUAUCGAUGGUCAGAUGAUACAACCCAUGAAUAGAUUAUUUUUCCGUCAAAACAUAUAUAAACAAAUUGAACUGGGCUGAGUGCAAAGGUCUCCUUGGGUAAAUAUCCUGCGCCCAAGAGCCCAUCACUGUCUAUAUACAGCUUACGAUUAAUGUGAAAAAAGACUUAUAUAUUGAUAGUCAAUCAUAUUUAAUAUUGAGAGUAACAAUAUAUAUACAAAUAUAAAUAUAAAUCUAUAUAUAUAUUGCGCGGAAGCCUAUACAUCAAGUUAGUUCUGUCUCUGUUGUUUUUGUUUUUU